UAGACUUGGGUUUAUAUAUGUCUAGACUAGAAGGAUAAGUGAUUUUUUAUUUUUUAAAGUGGUCAGGUCUUAUUGUCAAGAGAACAUAUAAAUUGAUCUAGUUUUGUUGCAUAUCAGCUGCAAAGAACAUAAUGCCUUGCCGUGCCCAAUGUUCAUUGAAGCAUUUCAUCGAGCAGUUGGAGGGCAUAUCUCAAGGACAAUUCUAAGCUUCAAAGGGCAGCACUUGGAUCUCUCACGGAGGUGUGCGAAAGUUGGGAGGGUCAGUUGACCCAUCCCGCCCCUUAGUGGAUCGGUCAGUGAGAUUCAUAAGUUCAAGCUAAUUAGCAACAAGCAGGCAAUUAAGAUAUAUUCAACGACGAUGAUGAAGAGACAAGUAGCUUCCCUCCUCGGCCUCACCAUGGCCAUCCUCUUCUUCUCAGAGAGGGGUUGACUCCAACAGUGUAUGGGAUGAGAGAAUUUGAGAGUGUAGAAUUGAUCCAGAUCAGAAUGUCCUGAUCAUUUUCGAACCAUGUCACAUACUGAGGAUUCAGAGGUAGAGGUGCGAUUUCCAGACGAAUCAAGAAGAAAUUUGGGCGGAGCAGUCAUCGUGCCGUCAAUAAUUCCGGUGAGACUAUCGGCGGAAGAUCGAAGCAAACAGCGCACUUCAGGUGCACAUGCAGCAAAAAUCACUUUCACAAACCACUGCUCCUACACUGUCUGGCCAGGAACCCUAACCACUAACCAAAAACCUCAAUUAUCACUCACCGGGUUCGAACUAGCAUCCAAAGCUAGCCGGUCAAUAGACACUCCAUCCUCAUGGUCUGGUCGCUUCUGGGCCCGAACCAGAUGCUCCACAGACGCCGUUGGAAAUUUCACUUGUGAAACUGCAGACUGUGGCUCUGGCCAGGUCGCAUGCAACGGUGCAGGCGGAGCUCCACCAGCAACUUUAGUAGAAAUCACAAUCGCAGGAAUCGAGGGUCUAGAUUUUUACGAUGUUAGCCUUGUUGACGGCUUCAACUUGCCCAUGUCCGUCGCCCCACAAGGCGGCACCGGCAAGUGCCAGGCCUCGACUUGCGAUGCGAAUGUUAACGCGGCAUGCCCGGCUGAGUUACAAGUGAAAUCGGCUGAUGGGAGUGUCAUCAGUUGCAAAAGCGCUUGCUUGGAGUUCACCGAUCCGAAGUUGUGUCAACCCACAGAGUACUCUAAGAUGUUUAAGCAGCAAUGCCCUCAAGCUUAUAGCUACGCUUUGGAUGAUGCAAACAGCACAUUCACCUGCAAUGGCGGACCUGACUACGCCAUUACAUUCUGCUCAUAUGGUCGAUGGGCCGAGGGCCCCAUUCCACCAGCACCGUCCCCACUUCACCAACUGCCCAAUCCGUCAGGUAAAGGAAAGCCAAUAAAGUUAAUUGUGAGCCUUACAGUUGUUUGUUUUAUCGGUGUAUUGGGUGCCAUAGUGUUUGGUUUGUGCAGGAUGAGAGCUAAGCAAAAAGGACACAUCAAAUUAACAAGGGAACACAUCAAAAUAACAAGGGACGCCCUUCAAGAAUAUAUAGGUGGAAAACAUGAUCUGUCUGAGUUACUGAUCUAUGAUUUUGAUAGCAUAUUAGUUGCUACGGACAAUUUCAGCAUAGAAAACAAACUCGGGCAAGGAGGCUUUGGUCCAGUUUAUUGGGGUAAGCUAGCAGAAGGGAAGGAAAUAGCAGUAAAAAGACUAUCCAGUACCUCAGGGCAAGGUGUAGUGGAGUUCAAGAAUGAAAUGUUAUUGAUCUCCAAUCUCCAACACAAAAAUCUGGUCAGAAUCAUGGGUUGCUGCGUUAAAGAGGAUGAGAAGUUACUGAUUUAUGAGUUCAUGCCAAACAAAAGCUUGGAUACUUUUCUUUUCGAUUCGACGAGAAGAGCAGUGCUUGAUUGGGGUACACGUUUUAAUAUUAUUCAAGUUGUUGCCAGAGGGCUUGUUUAUCUCCAUCAUGAUUCCUAUUUGAAGGUAAUACAUAGAGAUCUAAAAGUAAGCAACAUUCUUUUGGAUGAGAAAAUGAACCCAAAAAUUUCAGAUUUUGGAUUGGCACGUGUGGUUGAAGGGACACAGAAUUUAGAAAAUACUCAGAGAGUUGUGGGAACGCUUGGAUAUAUAUCUCCAGAGUAUGCCAUGGGUGGAAUAUUUUUUCAAAAAUCUGAUGUCUACAGCUUUGGGGUCUUGGUAUUGGAGAUUAUUAGCAGCAAGAAGAAUACGGCCUUCUAUAUCUAUGAUCGACAGCUAGGCUUACUAGCCUAUGCAUGGCAGUUAUGGAAGGAAGGCAGGGAAUUGGAGUUGGUAGAUGAAAUGUUGGCGGCUGAUUCAUAUUCGGCUCCAGAAGUAAUGAAAUGUGUGCAUAUAGGGCUGCUUUGUGUACAGGACAAUCCGACGGAUAGGCCGAGCAUGCCGGAUGUAAUUUUUAUGCUAAAUGGUUCCACAAAUGUUAUUGGUGGUCCACAACCUAAACAGCCUCUAUUCACUAUCCAAAACUCAGUCUCUCAUCCUCAACCACAGCCUUCGAAUAAUGAAGCUACAAUGACAAUGAUUAAUGAAGGACGCUAAAUGUAUGCUCCUGACAGUGGUGGAGGUUGGGAUUUUCUGAUCUAUGUGAAUUUGGGUUGUGUUUGCUAGGAUUUGUAGUCACUUCGUAUUAUUUGUAGUUUGCUUUCUUUGGAUGGUGCUUAGCUAAGCUUGGCCAAUCCUGCUUGCUUAUGCGGCAAGAUGCUGAAACUGUAGUUAUAUUUUUUAUUUGGAGGGAAUUAGAGAGGAUUAGUUAUGAAGGAAAUUCGUCUUUGUAAUCCUACAUUAUGGAGAGAUUGAUACUCAUAAGUUUUCUUUAUGAGUAAUUGAUCUUUUACAUGUUAGGUGGAUAUAAAUUUUUACCUAAAUUUA